GUAGCACGUUCAGGUGAAAGCUUCAGAGGUCUAUUUUCCACCUAAGGCCAAUGAUUCAAAAGCCUUCCAGGUGUGUGUAAGCGUAAAAAGAAAGGAAGCACCUUCAUGUAGAGAACGGUGAGCUGAAAUCCACAGUUAUGUCUGCAGUUUUUUCCUUCAGUCUCUUCUUUAGGAACACGAGAGAAGCAGGACAAAGUGCAUUUUUAAACUGUUGCCAGAAAGCAGUUAUUUGCUGAUGAGUUAUUUGCUUACUAACCUGCUGUUGAAUCCCAUUGUUUGUCCUGAGUAAAUUAAGAUAAGAGGAGGAUGCAGUUAUAAGGCAUCCACAAAUGACUUGUUGACCUCCUGAUGGUUGUGCAGCCUUAAUAUCUUCAUGUGCAUGCUGAAAAGGCAUUAAAACAGAAUUCCAGCAAUCCCUUGUGGCAUGUCUUAUGAAAUUGCCAUCAAAUGCUUCUGCUUUCCUUUUGAAGUAGGUCUGAAAUCAUGUGUGAUCCUCUUGACCCGGAGCUGUCAUAAGAUGAGCUGUGGAAAGUCGGUGUUUCACUGCAAAACUUGUAUGUAAAUCGUCCUAGCAAGUGUGUAAAUUGGAAUACAAGCAUUUUCUCAUCCUUCCUUAAGUACUGUAAGCAGUGGUUUUAAGCAGCAGUGCCUCUCAGUAGUAUUUAAACUUUCCUCUGCAUGCUGUCGUGCUAUUAAAGGCUUUGCAUACUGCAGCAAGGUGGACCGACUCUUCUGUGAGGACUCCCAUUUUUACUGCAGUGCUUUGUAUCAAACUGGUAAAUGAGGCAGCGUGAAAAUUACCUGAAGUUGAAUGAGGUGUGAGUUCUUGUCUCCUGUUUGCCUUCCAGCAAGUCAGGUCAUGUGGCUGAUCAGCAGUAUUAAAGCUGGUCCAGGUAAAUGAAAGCAGGCAGGUAGUGAAAAUCUAGGGAAACAGGCAGUUGUAAGAUCGAGUUGCUGUGAUAAUUACUAAUGCUCGUUAGCUACGUGAAGUUUGUGUUUUAACAGACUGUAGAACUUGGUAUCUCUGCCUAUUUACAUUGAGCAGCCAACACCUGAGUGCUGAGAGCUGCACAAGCAUCCAGAUUUGGCAAGCUCGGUUCUGUUGAGUUGGAAACAACUGGAAUUGCUGUAGUCACGUUUGCGUUGCUAACUAAUCUUUGCCCCCUGCUUUAAUGCUGAAAUAGCAGGAGGGAUUUUGCUUAUGUUCUUUCAGAGUCACUGUGGGUCAUCAGGCGAGCCAGGAGACUGGGAAAGCUGGGUAGAACCAGGGUCUGUACCAGCUUGUGCAGAGCUCAGACCUGAUCCUGGCCUGGAAAGAAUUCAUGGGAUAUUCAAAAAGAAGACUGUAUGGUGGUGUUGAAGUUAAAAGUUCUUCGCCGGCUUCGUCACCUUCGGAAUAUUGCUGCACGUAACAUCAUCAAUAAGAAUGGUUAUCGCCUCUUGGACACGUACUUCACUCUCCACCUGUGUGAUAACACCAAGAUAUACAAAGAAUUUUAUAAGAGUGAAGUGAUCAAGAAUUCUCUGAAUCCAACCUGGAGGAGUUUGGACUUUGGAAUAAUGCCUGAUCGUCUCGAUACGUCUGUCUCGUGUUUCGUUGUGAGGAUCUGGGGUGGCAAGAAGGAGCACUUCCAGCUUCUGAUUGAAUGGAAGGUCAAUCUGGAUGGAUUAAAGUACUUGGGGCAGCAGAUACAUGCAAGAAACCCAAACGAGAUUAUUUUUGGUCUCAACGAUGGUUAUUAUGGAGCUUCAUAUGAACAGAAGGAUCACUCAGGUACCCUGAAGAACAGUCUUCUCCAGGUGGAUCAGAACUGUGUUCGUAACUCUUACGAUGUCUUCUCUUUGCUUAGGCUUCACAGAGCUCAGUGUGCAAUUAAACAGACUCAGGUAACUGUUCAGAAAAUAGGAAGGGAGAUUGAAGAAAAGCUGAGAUGCACAUCUACAAGCAACGAACUGAAAAAGGAGAGUGAAUGUUUACAAUUGAAGAUCCUGGUGCUACGGAAUGAACUGGAGAGGCAGAGGAAGGCCCUUGGUCAAGAAGUAGCUUUGUUACAUAAGGAAAAGAAUGCUUUACAUGACAAAGGAAAUGCAUUUGAGACUGAGUACCAGAAGCAUCAAGAGCGGAAUGAAUCCCUGCAUGAGUUAAGAAAAGAAUGCACUGCAAAGAGAGAACUGUUUCUGAAGACCAAUGCCCAGCAGACUAUUCGAUGCAAGCAGUUGCUCUCAGAGCUAUCCUACAUCUACCCCAUUGAUCUGAAUGACCAAAAGGAUUACUUUGUUUGUGGAGUCAAGCUUCCCAACUCUGAAGACUUUCAAGCGAAAGAUGAUGGAAGCAUUGCUGUUGCCCUGGGCUACACCGCUCAUUUGGUUUCAAUGAUAUCCUACUUCUUACAAGUGCCACUCAGGUAUCCCAUAAUUCACAAGGGCUCCAGGUCUACAAUCAAAGAUAACAUCAAUGACAAACUGACCGAGAAAGAGCGAGAAUUUCCUUUAUACCCAAAAGGAGGAGAGAAGCUUCAGUUCGAAUAUGGAGUGUAUCUUCUCAACAAAAAUAUAGCACAGCUUAGAUAUCAACAUGGGCUGAGUACUCCAGAUCUACGGCAAACCCUUCCUAACCUGAAAAAUUUCAUGGAGCUUGGGCUCAUGGUCAGAUGUGAUCGACACCAUACAUCCAGUGCAAUUCCCGUUCCAAAGAGGCAGAGCUCUAGCUUCGGCAGAUUGGAUGUUGGCUUUUCCAGUGGGCUUCCUUCUCCAGAUAAAGGACUCCGAAAACGAGCCAGCACGGGAAACGAGAGACUGCAGUACAAAACUCCUCCUCCUAGUUACAACUCUGCUUUAACGCAGCCUGUAGCCAUUGCAGCCCAUGCGGGAGAAUUAGAUAAAAAACCCGGAUCGAUAUCUUCUUCCCUCGAUACCUCCAUGGACUCCUCAAAAGGAAAUAAGAAAGGAGAGGACUUGUGUGGCAGCUUAAACGGAGAAAACGGGAGCCUAACCAAUACCCAAGACCAGCAGGAGUCUUUCCUAGGACAUACUAGUGCAAUAAAUGGGGCGUUGCUGCCCGGUGAGUGUUCCAGCACCACAAGCACCGAGCAGCCUUGUGAGUUUCGGCCCUCGCUCGGCCCCGUCCUUUGCUGCACUGUGGAGCAAGCAGAGGAAAUAAUGGGGAUGGAAGCGACAGGGUUCAGCACGGGAGAUCAGCUAGAAGACUUUAACUCCAUCCCGGUGGAGCACGCCGUGGCGGUGGAGUGUGAUGAACAGGUCCUAGGGGAGUUUGAGGAGUUCUCUCGGAGGAUCUAUGCACUGAAUGAAAACAUGUCCAGCUUCCGCAGGCCGCGUAAGAGUUCGGACAAGUGAGCUGGGACAGGGAUUUGAUAGUGGACAUUGAGGUGAAAUCAGCGAUCUGGAAUAGAGAUAAAAUUGCACUUAUUCUUUAUAUUAAUUAUAUAUAUAUAUAUAUAUAUAAAAGCUAAAGCUAUUCCAAUGGUGUUAGAACAAAUGGACUUGUUACUGAGCACGAUAACACAGGAUCAUGGUAUAUUCACAGCCCAGGUAAAUUCUGAUUCUGCUUCCAGUCCUCUUGUGUCUGGUAUUUAUAACCUGUUGGGUUUUGUGGGUUUUUUUUAGGCGGUGGAGUCCAUUUGUAAGUGCUUUCCUGGAAAAAAACGAAAAAACUUCAAGUGCUGAUCGGGCCCUCCUAUGAAUGUUUGUUUUCUUAAUUAUUAUUUAGAAUUAAAUUUAUUUUAAUCUUUUCAGAAGGAAAAAAAAAAAGAAGUUAAUUUAAAAAUGCAAUUAUGGUAAGACCUCUUUAUGUUCUCCCAUGUACUCCUGUGCUUUCUUGAGCAAUGCAGUCGGUGUGACAAAAUGCCAUGAAUUAGCCAUAGUCGGACAGCUUUCUCUUGGCUGCACCGUGCAGCUGGGGAAGUUUGCACUGAUGGGUCUUCAGCUGGUGGUGUGCACAUGCCAGAGAGAGAGCACCUGCGGUUUCCCCGUGCCUGAUUCAUCCUCUUCAUGUUUCCUCCUUUCCUCCACGCUUGGUCUUCCUACCGGUAGAGUCCUUGAGGAACCAAUCACCUCUAAGGUUUGUUAGAAAAAUCUCGUGUCUCGUUCUCCAUUUCACUUCAUGCAUUAUCUCCAAGCUAAUCAGCGGAAGCCUAAUGAGUAGACAGCGUGAGUGGGGUUCACCCACCGUGCGCAGUGCUUGGAAUUAGGCAAACUUGUGGAAUCACUGUACCCUCAGUAGAAGGGAGGCACUUGGCAUAAUUCAUCUAAAUUAAUAUCCCUUUAACCAGACCAUCUGUGUGUUAAGGAAGAGCCUUCCAGCAUUGGCUGGAGCUUUGUUGUGGGGCUGCUCACCCUUGGCAUGUGUGUUUGGCUAACCAAUGGGAAAGCAAUUAGCAGCCCACUUUGUGAUUCCUGGUAUUUGUUUGAGUUUGGAUUCCAUUGCUCUUGCUUUCUAUAUUGUAUACCCAAGAAUUCAGGCUUGGUCAUGAGCUCUCAAAUAUAAAAAAUAUAUAGCUUCAUCAUGCCUGGCUUUUUUGUUUUCCUCCCUGGUCUGUGCUUUCUUUUGAACCAAUGACCUCCUCUCACUCCUAACAUCACCAUAAGGCUAGUCUAAAUUAACUUCUUAAAAUGUGGAUAUGUAUAAUCUCAACUAUCUGUUGUCAAAGAAAGAUGUGUACGUGAGAACCAGUAUACACAAUAGCACCAUUCUAGAAUAUACAUUUUCCAGAUAACACUUUAAUGACUGUAUUAAAACUAUAUUCACAUUUCUUCUGUUGGCUUUAACAGUUGUGUCUAUCACUGAGUUGUUGGAUUGGGUUGUGCCUACCACUGAGUUGUUGGAUUGGGCUGUGCCUACCAUUGAGUUGUUGGAUUGGGCUGUGCCUAACAUAAAUUGUUGGAUUGGGUUGUGUCUACCAUUGAGUUGUUGGAUUGGGUUGUGCCUACCAUGAAUUGUUGGAUUGGGUUAUGCCUACCAUGAAUUGUUGGAUUGGGUUGUGCCUACCAUUGAGUUGUUGGAUUGGGUUGUGCCUACUGUUGAGUUGUUGGAUUGGGUUGUGCCUACUGUUGAGUUGUUGGAUUGGGCUGUGCCUACCGUUGAGUUGUUGGAUUGGGUUGUGCCUACCAUUGAGUUGUUGGAUUGAGCCUUUCUGCUGAAUCAUUUCUCUGCUCUGUCCCAGUGAGGUGGAGGCACUCAGAAGCGGAGACCUUGUUUUUGUAAUGCAUUGUUGCAAUCUCAGGCAAGAAUUUGGACACGCUCAUGAAUAUCUUCUCCCCUGAAUAAACUCUUCUGUUGAAAUCUUGUGAAAAAUGUCCAUAAAGGCUUAAAGCACUGCCCUCAUCUUUGAGAAAAAAUAGGUAGGGAAUUUCCACUGUACUUUGGUGCGUUGAGAGCCAGAAUUGAAUACCUGAAGCCAGCACAGCGUGUCCUUCUUGAGGUGGGCAGAAGAUCCUCUAUCUGUUCCUUGCUACCUUCUGUUAGCAGUUCAAUUUUAGCCAAAAUUCAGUACUGUUGAGUCAGUUGGGCACAUGGAGGGGUGAAAUCCGGCACAGUUGAAGUAGCACAGAGUGGAUUGCAGUCAUACUAAUUUUCCUUUAUCACAACGACAGUAGUUUGUGUAUGGUGGUGACUUUUCAGAGCAACCCAAAGAGUAGUUGUGAAGUCGCAGUGUUUCAUAGGCAAACACAGAGUAUCUCAGAGCAAUUAGGUGACAUGUAAUUAGGUUUGUAGAGCACCAGUGGGACUUCAGAUUUUGUUCAUUAGUUGCACAUUUUCUCAGGUGGAACCCAACCAAAUGAAGUUUAUUUUUCUCGCAUUGCUGUUCCCGUUGGAGCCCUGGAAUUGUUAAUGUGUCAAAUACAACAGUUGGUUUCUGCAUCUGUGUCACAUAGCUUCUUUGGGCUUUCUAUGGAUAUAGACCCUAAAUUGCUCCCAGGCUUAUUUGCCAUUUUUACCACUUUUAUAUAGAAGAUGUGAAGGGGGGGACACGACGUUGUAGGGCUAAUUAAGGCAUCGACCAACAUCUUUGCUACGGAGGAUGGGAGGACUGUACAGACUGCAGCUUCUUUUUGUGAUUUUAUUUUCUUCCCCAGUAAAUGACUUUGAAAACAGCAUCGUGGGAGGGAAACAAAGAGCAAGUUGGAAGGUGAGAACAUAUAUCACAGUGUGCUUUAAACUGUCAGGAGCCUUUCAGUUCCUGCACAGCUGUGACACUGUUAAAUGCCUGCAAAUGUCUUCAAGUGGAGAAAACAUUUCAUUGCAAUCUUUUCCCCCUCACUAGGAACUCUUAAGAUUUUUUCUGAGAAUAUUAGUUUUGGAAGAUCAUAUCCCACUCUAUUUUUAUAGCGAGCACAACAGCAUUGGCUUCUCCUUGCUUGACCAGGUAUUUAAAACAAGCGAAGACAAAGUAUCCCAUAGUCAAUGACACAUUAAAACUAUCUUGGUAAUUGCGGGAAAGCUCAUCUGUAUUUAUAAAAUAAAACCGAUUAGUAUCACUCAAAA